AUUUUCCAUUUUGAAUCGUGCUAAUUAUUUGUGAGCACGACCGUCAUCACUGCAGCAUUUUCCGAUAAUUGAGAUGGUUUAGCCUUACAUUUUAAAAUGUCCACUCCCGAGAAGAAUGCCUUGACUCCAGAUCAGCUGCGUAUCAGCCAAUAUAAGGCAAAGUAUAGCAAAAGCAGUCAAGAUGAAAGACGGAAGAGCAUCUUAGAACGCCAGAAAGAAAAAAGAUUUAACUAUCAGAGUCAUGCGAGGAGACUGGCAGAUUCUGAUUGGUCAACUGCAGAUGAUGAUGAAUACGAGGAUGACGGUGCAGAAGAAGCAAUGGAAACUGUAUCUGAACCAGUUAACAAACCUGGCAGAUAUUACUCCAAUCAGUUGAUGUUCAGUGAAUGGAUGGUGGCAGUCCCUGAAAACUUUGACAAGGAGUGGCUGAUGGUGAUGAGUCCAGUGGGGAAGAGGGUCCUGCUUAUUGCAUCUAAGGGCAUCACACGAGCAUAUGGCAAGACAGGUUACAAGCUGAAUGAGUUUGCAAGUGCAAUACCUGGAGGGUCAAUGUCCCAACAAGGCCGGGGAUCACAUGAAUAUAGUGUAUUGGACUGCGUUUGGUCUGAGGCUUUGCAGACAUACUUUAUCAUUGAUAUGAUGUGCUGGAAGAGUCACCCCAUUUAUGACACUGAGACUGAGUUUAGGUUCUUCUGGAUGCAUCAGAAGUUUACUGAGGACUGUCCAAAUAUCUCAAAACUAACCCGAGCUAACCAAUUCCAUAUAGUUCCCCUGCCUCACUUUGCCUGCAGCCGGGAAAGCUUACAGGUCACUAUGGAACAGGCUGCCCCAGAUUUUAAGGUGGAUGGCCUCCUGUUCUACCAUAAGAAAUCUCAUUAUGCAUUCGGCUCCACUCCGUUGGUGACGUGGCUGAAGCCAUGGAUGUUACCAGAAGUCCUAAACAUCCCUGUUCCUGAGAAAUACAUGAAAUUGAAACCCCCACAGUAUAACACUGCAGGGGAAUUCAUAGACAACUUUAAUAAGAAAGAAGAAGAAGCCAGAGUUAAACGUGAGGAGAGACUCAGAAUUGCAGCUGAAAAGAAGGCAAAACGUAUGGAGAUAGAAAAUUAUGAUCACACCAAGACUGUUGAAUCCCCUGUACCCCUAGUUCCUACAGUGGAAGGAAGGGAGAUAGACGUUAGUGGUCAACAGGGAGGUGGUGGUAUGCGUAUGCAAUAUGUGGGUUUAGUUUUGGUGGUGGUUGGUGUAGGGGUGAUAUUAGGGGCACCGGCUGCCUCAGAAUCUAGCUCAAAUGAGGAUAUAGUUGAUGAGCUAAGAGAUGCCUCCAAUAGUGAACGAAUGAAAGAUGACUUUAUCGCACAGGAGGAUGGCGAGGAUCAGGAGAGGUGGCGGGCAAUCCUUAAGAUGAUAGAAGACGAGGCUAGACGGGCCAAGGAAUUUGAAGAGUAUGGCGAGGAAGAUCCAAUAGACAAUGAGUGGCCUGCACCCCUGUCCGUAGUCCCAAGCUGGCCAGAUCAGUCUAUUCGUGGCAAGCUGGGGCAAGUGUCAGGGGUAGCAGUCGACAAUGCAGGCAUUGUAUACGUCCUACACAGAGGAGCCCGGAAAUGGGAGGCUGACAUGUUUGACGAAAAGACAAACAAGUUCACAAAAGAAUCAGAUGGUCCCAUCGCCGAGGCAACCAUCCUAAAGAUAGAUCCACAAACGGGGCUUCAGUUGGAUGCUUGGGGACAAAAUAUAUUCUAUCUACCACAUGGUUUGAGUAUAGACAGUGAGAAUAAUCUAUGGGUGACUGACGUCGCGACUCACCAGGUCUACAAAUUUGCAAAUGGCGAAAAGGAGCCAAGUCUUGUCAUCGGGACAAAGUUUGCACCAGGGAAUGGCACGAAUAAUUUUUGCAAACCUACAGACGUUGCCGUGGCAGCAAAUGGAGAUUUCUUUGUAUCAGAUGGGUACUGCAAUCACCGUAUUGUGAAGUUUACAAAGGGUGGCGAGUUCAUUAAGGCAUGGGGACAAAAGGCAGAAAAUGACCUCACCCCAGGUCCCUACGAUCUGGAAGUACCUCAUAGUCUGGCUCUAGUUGAGGAGGUGGAUGCCAUUUGCGUUGCUGACAGAGAACAUGGCCGGGUACAGUGCUACACAGCAGGUAUUGAGACCCCAGCAGCACUUGGAAAAUACAACGCAACAUUUACUGAUCCUCGCUUUGGUUCUGUCUAUGCCCUCACUUUUGAUGUCGAAGAUGGGCUCUUUUAUUUGGUAAAUGGAGACACUGAAGACGUUAGGGGAUUCACAAUCAAUCCAGAGGAGGGACAAAUUCUGGAGAUUUGGUCACCUGAUCAGACCGGAUUCACAACACCUCAUGACGUCGCGGUGUCGCCAGAUGGCAGAAGUGUCUACGUUGGAGAGAUAGGACCGGACAGAGUCUGGAAAUUCUACAGAGACAUCCAAUAAUUUGGCAGUCAGAUCAACGGCGAACGAAAUUCUGAUUCUAUUUUUGCAUCAAUUAUAUCUAUAAUGCUCUAUUACCUGUUAUUUGGCCUAAUAUGAUUAUUUAUCAAAUGAAUCCAUAAGGUAUCUCUCUCAAUCGAUGAGGACGUAUGGGAUGGGAAAAUAGAACCAGAGUUCACCUAAUGUAUGUGGCAGCAGUUAAACAGUGUCGACUAAAAGCUGAUUGCGUUUGGAAUGCCGUUAAGAUAGACAUAUCGCUAAUUUUAAAAAUCUAAAUAAUUAAUUCUCCAAUCACAUUUAAUCUACGGCCACCGUACGACGGCCGUAGCUUCCCAAAAU